AGUGAAGCGCCUGACAGACUGAACUCGGGGUCUUCGGAUGACAGUCUAUGCCUUUAUUGGUCAGUUUACCACAACGUCAUACAUUCGUCAUAACUCGCAGGAAGCGGGAACUCCACCAGCCUCAAUCUGACUGGAUUAGUCUCCACGCUGGUUGAAAAAAUCCAAAGCCACACACAUGGCGUGCGAAAAAGAAAUAUGGCAAAAGAUUGGUGAGGGCUUUGUCCAGGAAUAUUACAACCAGUUUGACAAUUCCAACAGGAUGGGACUGGGUAACCUUUAUUCUGCUGACGCUUGUCUGACUUGGGAAGGAACACCAUUCCAAGGAAGAGAAGCCAUUACAGGCAAACUAGCUAACUUGCCUUUCAAGCGCAUUAAACACAUUAUCACAGAGCAAGACUUCCAACCCACAGUAGACAGUUGUAUCCUCAUCAUGGUGUUUGGACAGCUACAGGUAGAUGACGAUCCACCAAUGGCCUUCCAUCAAGUGUUUAUGCUAAAGUCGCAAAACUGUGCAUGGGCUUGUACAAAUGAUGUGUUCCGGCUGGGAAUUCAUAACAUACCAGUGUAGCAGGGUGGAUUUGUAUAUGACAAAUGUUAACCUCCCCUCAUGAAUGCAUGCUGCAAUCACCAUUAUCACAAGGAAUUCUCUACCCCUCAUGUUUACCACACAUCUAUAAGCAGGUUGUUUGCAGUAGAAGAGUUAAAACUACAUUCCUGUUCAAUAAAAUAAUCGGUGAAAUCCAGAA